CUCCCUAGACAAGGUUCAUAUUUGCGUAGGUUACUUAUUCUCCCUUUUGUUGACUAAGUCAAUAAUCAGAAUCAGCAGGUUUGGAGUCAGAUUGGCAGGGAUCAGCAGCCUGGCUUGGGAGGAUGGGGUAUAAAAGCUCCUUCACCAGGAGAAGCCAUCACAGAGAUCUACUAGCUCCUGACAGGAUGGCUUCCCUUCGACUGUUCCUCCUUUGCCUCGCUGGACUGGUAUUUUUGUCUGAAGCUGGCCCUGGGGGUGCUGGAGUAUCCAAAUGUCCUCUGAUGGUCAAAGUUCUGGAUGCUGUCCGAGGCAGCCCUGCUGUCGAUGUGGCCGUGAAAGUGUUCAAAAAGACUGCGGAGGAUACCUGGGAGCCAUUUGCCUCUGGGAAGACCGCUGAAUCUGGAGAGCUGCACGGGCUCACCACCGAUGAGAAGUUUGUAGAAGGGGUGUACAGAGUAGAACUGGACACCAAAUCAUACUGGAAGGCGCUUGGCAUUUCCCCAUUCCAUGAAUACGCAGAGGUGGUUUUCACAGCCAAUGACUCUGGCCAUCGCCACUACACCAUCGCAGCUCUGCUCAGUCCAUAUUCCUACAGCACCACCGCUGUUGUCAGCAAUCCUCAGAAUUGAGGGACCCAGCCCAGGAGGACCAGGAUCUUGCCAAAGCAGUAGCAUCCCAUUUGUACUGAAACAGUGUUCUUGCUCUAUAAACUGUGUUAGCAACUUGGAAAGAUGCCGUGAAACAUUCUUAUUAAACCACCUGUUAUUUCAUUCAAA